AUGCGGGAUGCUGCGCUCCAUCCAAGCGCAGCCCGUUGCGCGACGGUUUUACGCACAGUGGCAAGUCCGAGCUCACCCAAAAAGACCCAGAGCUUUCCUGAGUUUAUCGUGAUAACAUCAGUGAUGUUGCUCGUCGCGGUCCAGCUGGCGUCAGCUCAUCCUCAGUGUCUGGACUUCGAGCCACCUUUCAAACCUGCGUGGCACCUGGAGUUUUGCACCCAGUACGAGCAGUUUGGCUGCUGCGACCAGAAAACGGACAACGAGAUCGCGGAGAGAUACUGGGACAUUAUUGACCAGCUAGAAACUGUGGGCCAGGAUCUAUGUGAAGACAUGUUGAAAGAAGUCAUGUGCCAGGAGUGUUCUCCAUAUGCCGCCCAUCUCUAUGAUGCUGAGGACCCCUACACACCUGUCAGAGAGCUACCUGGCCUUUGCUUUGGAUACUGCUCUGAGUUUCAUAGCAAAUGUGGACAUGUGGUGAAAUAUUUAACUGAGAACCAACUGCUGCAGGACAGAUCUGAACGAGACGUGUCCACAUUCUGCAGCCUGGUCGACUUGUCCGACCAGGACUACUGCUACCCCAAUGUUUUAAAGAGCCUUGACCUCAACAGCAACCUGGGAAAGGUGGCAGAGAAUCCCAGGGGGUGUCUCCAGUUGUGCCUGACAGAAGUGGCCAACAACCUCAGGAACCCCGUGUUGAUGCUUCACAGCAGCGACGGCACACAUCGCAUGUUCAUCGCCGAGCAGGUGGGCUUCGUGUGGGUUUACCUGCGUGACGGCAGCCGGCUGGAGCAGCCCUUCCUGGACAUCAGCGGGGAGGUGAUCACCACGCCCUGGCUGGGGGAUGAGAGGGGCUUCCUGGGCAUGGCUUUCCACCCCGAAUACCGUGACAACGGGCGCUUCUUCAUCUACUACUCCAUCCAGGUCAACAGUCAGCUGGAAAAAGUCAGAAUCAGCGAAAUGAGGGUGUCUGCACACAACAUGAACAUGGCUGAUCCUUACUCAGAGAGGCCCAUUCUAGAGAUCGAGGAGCCGGCGGCAAACCACAACGGAGGGCAGAUUCUGUUUGGUCUCGAUGGAUAUUUGUACAUCUUCACUGGGGAUGGUGGCAAAGCUGGAGAUCCAUUUGGGAAGUAUGGCAACGCACAAAACAAGAGUGCUCUUUUGGGGAAAGUGCUCCGCAUUGAUGUAGAUGGCAGUGACCCCAGUGGGAAGCAGUUCAGGAUCCCCCCUGAUAACCCAUUCCUCCGUGACCCACAUGCCCGACCAGAGGUGUACGCAUACGGGGUCAGAAACAUGUGGCGCUGCUCUGUGGACCGCGGGGACCCGGUCAGCAACUACGGCAGGGGUCGGAUAUUCUGUGGAGACGUGGGUCAAAACCGAUAUGAGGAAAUAGACAUUAUUGUGAAGGGAGGAAACUAUGGAUGGAGAGCCAAAGAAGGCUUUGAGUGCUAUGAUGUGAAAUUAUGCCACAACUCCUCCUUGAAUGACAUCCUCCCUAUAUUUGCAUACAGCCAUCAUGUUGGGAAGUCUGUGACAGGGGGAUAUGUGUACAGAGGAUGUGAAUCACCCAAUCUGAACGGCCUGUACAUUUUUGGAGACUUCAUGAGUGGUCGCAUCAUGGCAUUAGAGGAGGACAAGACAACAGGAAGCUGGAGGGAGAGGAGUGUGUGCAUGGGUGAAACAAAGACGUGCUCAUUCCCCGGACUCAUCAAUCAUCACCACAAGUUCAUCAUCUCAUUUGCUGAAGAUGAAGCAGGUGAACUGUAUUUUUUGGCUACAGCGUACCCCAGCUCUGUGUCUCCGCAUGGAACGGUCUUCAAAUUCAUGGAUCCCUCCAGGAGAGCUCCUCCAGGGAAAUGUAAGCAGAAGCCGCUGCCUGUCAAAGUGAGAGGGAAGAAGGUUCCUUUUGUGCCUCGGGAACUGACUGUGCUGCAGUCAAAUGAAAAACCUACAAGACCACCACCAAGAAAAUUCAAACUCACCACUAAGCCAGCGGUGACGGGGAGCCACGUCAAACCAACGACGAUCAAACCGACAACAAUCAAACCUGCACCCAUCAAACCUGCAACUAUCAAACCUGCAACCAUCAAACCUGCAACCAUCAAACCUGCAACCAUCAAACCUGCAACCAUCAAACCUGCACCCAUCAAACCUGCAACUAUCAAACCUGCAACCAUCAAACCUGCAACCAUCAAACAUGCAACCAUCAAACCUGCAACCAUCAAACCUGCAACCAUCAAACCUGCAACUAUCAAACCUGCAACCAUCAAACCUGCAACCAUCAAACCUGCAACUAUCAAACCUGCAACUCUCAAACCUGCAACCAUCAAACCUGCAACUACUGCAGCCAGUGUGACGACGACGACAACGACGACGACGACGACAACAAUGACGUCGACGGCAGCUGUGAAGCCGAAAUGGAAAACACUUGAUAAGAACGCAAAGAAGACAAACAAGCUGACACCAUGGAAGAAGAAGAAACUGCUGAAUAAGCAGCCGACUAGCAGACAAACAAAGAACCACAGUGUGAGACAGAAACAAGAGACAGAGCAAUCAAAAAAGACCACUGUGAUGAAGCCUGUCGGAGACAAAGUAAAGCCCAGACAAACUGCUAAGACUGGUUUAAAAAGUAAUGCUCUGAAUAAAACCAACAGUCUGAAAGAUGGCUCCGUCAACAUGAGGAGAGUUCCCCCGAGGAAAGCUGCACCGAGGCCCAUCCAACACGAGAUAAACAGCAUAAAGCUGAGAGAAUCUGCUAAACUGUACCAUGGCUUCAUGAACAGAACCAAGAUCAACAUGACUGUGAGAACAAACAGAACACUGCUGAACAAACUUCAGGUGAGAAGAAAGCAAGCAAACAAAGCCAAAGCACUUUAA